AUGACUCCCAGCGAUCCGUCUCCACAUACUCUCUCUCCCGACCAGCAUCAGCUGGGUCUGUUGAUCCUUCACCAUCUUCAACGUCACGCUGAUGCUGGUCCCUUCCUCUUCCCGCUCGACCCAAAGGACUGGAAUCUUCCUGACCUUUCCCCUGACCCCGCCUGUGUGUUCGACCUCGACACCAUUGAGCGGCGUCUGGCCUCGCAUGCUUACGCCUCGCUGCUGGAGUUUGUGGACGACAUCCGCCUCGCUUUGCGUAAUGCCCAGCGCCUGUGCGAGCCGCACCCCCGCUUGCUCCAGAUGAGCAAGAACCUCGAGCUGUUCUUCGACUCACAUCUCUCGAAGAUGCUCCCUUUGGCCUCCCCUCAGCCGCCAAAACGGCCCCUGGACCCGUCUGAGCUGGUCUAUCCCACCACCCCGAAGCGAUCCCCGCUUCGUGUCGACGACGAGCCUGAACCACUUUCGCCAUCGCUCUCAAAGCCCAGACGACGUGGUGGCAAAGCUCAAAAGGAUCGCGCAUCAUCUCUCGGUGCCGGUGAGAACGACCCCUUGAAGGCUCCGCUUCGUGUCCCGGCUCCAGAGGAAGCCAAGCUCACGACAACGGACUCGCCCAAGAUUUUCAAAACGCUGCAGCCCACUGAUCUUAACUGCUUAUCUCCGAAGCACGAGAAGGCGCCGUCCAGUCUCCUGGUCCACUCGCCGCUCAAGUCGCCUCCGCCUUCACCUCCAACGAGUCCUCUCGUCAGCCGAGACAUAGCGCCCGGAGACCUGUGCUUUACCCUCGGAGCUGCACAAACGUCGGUGGCAGCACCGGAAACCACAUCGACAUCGACAUCGACGUCUGCGUCUGCAUCUGUAUCUGCAGCUGUACCUACAUCUGCGGUCGCGUGUCUCGUCGAUGCCCUCGCUCACGCAUCCCCGGCUGCUGCUCCCAAGGUGCCGGAUCCUGCAUCAAGUAUGGCCGCCCCACCUGCCGCUGCGACUUCGGUGUUGCCGUCUCCCGCCAAGACACCUGUUCCUCUUAAGAAGAGCCGAUCGUGCAGCCACUGCUUCACCACGACUACCCCGAUGUGGCGAAGCGGCCCACCGGGCUUCUCGCCCCUGUGCAACGGCUGUGGUGUCAAGUGGAAGCGCGGUCGCAUCCAAUUCCCGACCGAUCCCAACUUGGCCCAGGAGUCCAAGACGACAGCGACUUUGGCGCCCCCAGCCACCCCGACCCCCGCUGCUGCUCGCCGCGAGGCAAAAUCCAACAUCAAGCCCCAGCCUGCGCCUCUAUCCCGCGGCCGCCCUUGCAAAUCAGACGGUCCAAAGGCUCUGUCCCUGCCUCCCAAGAAGGCCCACGACAUCGAGCCCAAGUCCUUGAGCGACUACCAUCGCAUCCUCGGGCGCACAUCUGCGUCCAAACCUCGAAUGUUGGGCUCCACCGACAUUUUCAACAACAUCCAGGCCAUCUAUGACGAUGCAGAGCACCAUCUGGAGAGCUCGGACGACGACAUGGACUACCUGUUCAGCAACCACGACCUGGCCUACGAUGGGCAUCGCGUCCGAGCGUCCAACGAUCUUCCACAGCUCAAGGUCACUAUUUCACCGGAAAUCUCCAUCUGUGGCACCUACGAUGCAACCUCCUCCAAGGUGCCGGACUUGUUUGUAUCGGAGGACGUCGAUGUGCCACCCACGGCAUGGGACGUUCCCUCCGACCCGCACGUUUCCGGUAGCAGCAUGUCGCUGUUCCACUCGGAUCUCCACGACCAGGACGAAAACUUCAUGACGUCCGUCAUUCGUAUGGACGAACUUUUGUCCGACGACGACACCAAGCACGACAAGAACGAUGCUAGCCCUCACUGUAUGCACUCUCCACCGGCUACGUCUUCUCGCGAGGCACGCACAUCUUGGCCGCACGGCCACAUGCCCACCAAGGGGCUCCUCUAUCCCAGCGCACGUCAAACAACUCUCAUGCAACCGACCCAGGGCGGCCCAGAGUCGCAUCACGCACACGAACCCGCAGCGCCGGUACUUGGCGGAUACGACCCGGUCGAUACGGAAAUGUCGCUGGAUGCCGCCUGGUGCGUCUGGUGCGAAGGAGGAGGCGCGUGUAUCCUCGGCCAUCUGUAA